AUGAAAGUCGUAAUAUUUUUAGCAAUCUGUGCUCUGAUUGGAGUUACUUCCGUAUCCAUUCCCGAGGAGGAACGUGUCAGUGGUGAGAAUGGUUGGUAUGUUCCUCAAGUUGAUGGCUUAUUGGUUUGGGUGUCUACCGAGGAGGGUGAACAAAUGUUAGCAGAUUUAGAGAAGAAAGAAGAAAUAGAGGGCCGCCUUUUACCAGUACCAGUGACUUUCUACCUUUCCAGGAAUAGCAACUCGUCUAAAGAACAAAGUAUUAAUGAAACUAUCAAAUCCAUUACCGAUUCCGGCUUCGAUGCUAGCAAUCCAACGAGAUUUAUUAUACACGGUUGGGCUCAGAGCUACACCGCCGGUAUGAAUACGGAUAUUCGUUCUGCUUGGUUGGGACGUGGAAAUUACAAUGUGAUCCUUGUCGAUUGGGUACGUGCACGUUCCGUUGAUUAUGUGUCUUCUGUUGUUGCUAUAUCAAGGACUGGAGAAAAGGUGGCCAGUAUGAUAAACUAUUUGGUCGAGAACUUUGGUAUGAGAUUAGAUGAAACCGAAGUGAUUGGUCACAGCUUGGGUGCUCAUGUGGCCGGUUAUGCGGGUAAGAACACUAAAAAUGGCUUGCUUCACGCCAUAAUCGGUUUGGACCCCGCCCUACCACUCUUCAGUUACGAUAAAAACGACAAACGUUUGAAUGCCACCGAUGCUCAUUAUGUGGAGUCCAUUCAGACCAACGGCGGUCAAUUAGGUUUCCUGAAGCCAAUUGGUAAGGGCGCUUUCUACCCGAACGGUGGUAUGAGGCAACCUGGUUGUGUUUUGGAUCUAAUUGGUAGCUGCAGUCAUGGUCGCUCCACCGCUUACUACGCCGAGGCUGUGGCACGUGAUGACUUCCCCAGCAUGCAUUGUGUUGAUUAUCAAGAAGCGGUGAAGGAUAACUGUGGCAGCUCUUAUAGUGGUGUGAAAAUGGGAGCAGUGACAAAUGCUUAUAUGGUGAAUGGUGAAUAUUAUGUGCCCGUACAUAGCUCUUCACCUUAUGGUUUCGGGUGCGCUUAAAAUAACUACGCAUAUAGUGAUGAUAAUGACUAAUGAGAGGGGGAAGUCGGAAAUCACUAUAUAGGGUAUAUUGGGGGCAUAAAAGGUCUGUGCUGAUUGCACAAAUUUUUGUCAUUACUCAGGUAUAUUUGAAAACAUACUUUAAAGCAAUUUUCUAAAUAAAGUUUGGGUAGCUUGUUAUGAGUUUCACAUAUUUUCAUCAU